UGUUUUGGGUACAUUUCAGAACUUUAAAGUUUAUCCACUUAUAAAUAAGUUUAUCCUUUGCUUCGAGAAUGGAGAUGUGGAAGUAGGCAAAACCUAUAAUUUGAUUUGCUUUUCUAGGUUUUUUACUGGAGCAUCUACUGUACAGGACGGAAAUCAAGGAUGGAGUUUUUUCCAGGACGGAAAUCUAGGAUUAAGUUCUAUCCAAGACGGAAAUCAAGGACGGAGCUAGUUUUGAUCCUGGUCUCCUUCCUUCUCCUUGUGCCUCAAUCACACGCAACAAAGGGGCAUGGGAUUGGAGAUGUACUGAACAACAUUGUACAAUUCUACAAUACUGAUGUGCAUUUUAUAUCAGAUUUCAGUGAUGGAGACAUGUACGAUGUGGCUCCGAAAAUAUCAGAAGCCGGAAAACCAAUUUUCAUGUACAAUAUUGACGAUCUCGUAGCACGCCAUCUCGCGCUCCCACUGGAGAAAUGCCCUGUUUUUGGUGGGGCACAUGGUGACACAGGACACGGAGACGAUAAUGGAGACGACCAUGGAGAUCAUAAUGAAGAUGACCAUGGAGAUGAUCAUGGAGAUGACCAUGGAGAUGAUUACGGAGAUGAGCAUAACAACCAUGAAGAUGAUGGACACUACAAGGAGAAGAAUAUGGCUGAGAAUUUAACAACUAUAGCAUAUAUGUUCCCUAACAGUUUCGUAGAACCAAGUGUUCAGUAUUCUGAAAAACUACGAGAAGAUGAGGAUAUACCAAAGAGUGUUCUCUACCGUCGUCCCUCUCUGCUGUCCAGAGGAGUUUAUCAUAAAACUAUAGUGGUCUGGGUUCAAGAUAAUCAGAGGGUACUAAAUCUUUUCCGAAACACAGCCUUGUUUUGUAAUCAGAAGAUCGACGUAGGAAUCUAUAACAUGGAUGACAGGUUUAUAUUUAUCGUUUCUUCUGAUACUGUUCGGGAUCAAAUACUGCUAGAUCCAUAUAUUACUAAACAUUCUAGUGUUGCUGUCAUCAGACCACUUACAGGUCUAGAGGAUAAGUUUAUUGUUUUUACUUACAACUUCUUCCACGCAGCAAACAAUAAACCACAAAUACUCACCAGGUUUCUGUGGUCCCCUGUAAAUAUGUUUAAAAAUAAACAACAAAUAUUUACCCCUGUAAACACAUUCGAUGGUCACAAGUUUAAGGUCGGUACACUGCCCUGGUCCCAUCAUAUGCUAGGGGAUCAAGUUGAAGCCCCUGAAGGGACACCAGCAACAUAUACUAACUACUGGGGGUAUGAAUUUGAUACCCUCAAGUUUUUAUCCAAGCAUUUAGAUUUCACAUACGAGAUCUUUAAUCCUCAGGAUGGAAAAUGGGGCCAUAUUGAGGCUGAUGGGAAAUAUUCUGGUAUGAUUGGGAAGGUGGCUCUCAAGGAUUAUGAUUUUAUUAUCUCCGAUAUAUUUAUAACCUAUAUCAGGGUUCAGAUACUUGAUGGAACAGUGGCCUUUGACAAGGACUAUAUGGUAUUUGUAGCUCCAAAUCCACAGAAAGAACCGAAAUAUCUGGCGAUUAUUAAACCUUUGGAUCCGUUUGUGUGGUUACUCCUUGUAUGUUCCUGGGGUGCAACUACUAUAGUAUUCGUCAUCAUUGCUAGAAUAGAGGAGAAGGUUAUGGAUACCGAGAUACGGAUAUUUAACAAGUUUUAUGAUGCUUUAUACAUGGUGUACGGGUGUAUUAUUGGAGAUGGGUUUAAUAAAAAUAUCAACUAUAACACUCUUAAAGCUAAUGCUGUCAGAUGUUUGUUGGCUUUCUGGGGAUUGUAUUGUUUUAUUAUAAACUCUGCAUACGGAGGGAACCUAAAAGCGUUUCUCACAAAUCCAGGGACUGGGCAACCCAUUGAUACUCUUUCUGAUGUUCUUAAAUCAGGACUCCCCUGGGGCAUGGUUCUGUAUGGUGAGGAGGAAGAGGAGAUGAUGGCAUCUAGUCCUGACCCUGUGAUACGAAGGAUCUGGGAUGACAAAGAUGUGAAACCUUACUCCCCUACUCCCCAGAUUGGUCCUGUACGAGAUGGACAGGGAAUAUUUAUUGACUGGAAGUCAGGACUUGAACCUGCAAUCUACUCCAAGUAUAGUACUCCAGGUGGAGAUCCCUUGGUUCAUAUCUCUUCCACCCCUGUGUUUAUGCCGAACUUUGCAGGAUGGGGGUUCCAUAAAUUUAACCCCUGGAAGGUCACUUUUGACGAAGCCAUUCAGCGAUUAAUAGAGGCGGGGCUGAUAAAUGAGUACAAGAAGAGGACCUGGGUGAGGAUGAAGCAGGAAGCAGUUCUGGCUGGAGAAGUUGAUGAAUAUGUUAUACCUCCAGCUAUAGCUCCAAUAUAUAUGGAGGACAUGCAGUCUGCGUUCUACCUGCUUAGCCUGUUCAGUUUAUCAGCUUUUGUCGUCUUCUUUACGGAGCUACUUAUCAAAAAGUAUAAAAUAAUAUAAUAAAAUUGUACGGAAACUUUUAAAAUCAAUAAAGAAUUCU